AUGAAUGUAGAAACAACCAAUUUUCUAAAUCCUGCCUUGAGAGAGUGUUGUUGUUCUUCAAGCUCUCCUCUACCUUUACAACGUAUUGUUCAAUUAUUAAGUGUUGGGGCAUUUGAAUUAAGAAAACAAAUUAAUGAAAAGAUUAAAUGUGAUAGACUUGGAAAUGGAGUAGAAGAGAAGGAAAAUGAACAAGAAAAAUAUUUGAAUAAAUUGAUAAGGAAUGAACUAUUGCUUAUUGAGUUAGGAGUUGUAGACACUCGAAGAUUAACAAAAUGGAUUAAUAAAUUUAACGAUAUUUACAUGAAACAAUUGUUAAAUAUGGAAUUGUAUUUUGUAAAUAAUUUUGCCGACCAACUCGAAAAUCUGUGCCUUAAAUUAAAUACUCAUAGUCUACCACAAGUGUGUAAACCUAGGGCUCCUUUUUUGUCGUUAAAUGGCAUGUCAAACACUCUUGGAGAUAAAGUAGUGUAUCAAGCAAGAUCGGAAGUUACAGCACGUGUUGAUAUUGCUGGUGGCUGGACAGACACUCCUCCAAUCACCUAUCAAAUGGGUAAUAUAUUGCCAGCUGUACUUAGCCUUUCAAUACUUAGGCCAAUUCGUUGUAAAUGUUCACGCCUGGAAAUGCUUCAAGGAAUUUUUUAUAGAGAAAAUUCUUUUGGGGAACAACAACCUUUGCUGCACUUUCCAACAGCCAAGAAAAUAUUUAAAAAUUGUUGUUCUCUUCUGUGUGCUAUUUUGGUGGUUGCCGGUUUUGUACGGGAAGAACUGUGGGGUGGAGAAAGGCAUUAUUUAUUUUAUUUUGCCGGACCUGGACGAGGAUUGCUUAUCGAAACAGAAUCAGAUUUGCCACACGGAUCUGGCCUCGGUUCUAGCAGUAUACUUGCUGGAGCCCUUUUAUCCUCUCUCCACAAACUAUCAGGAAAUAAACAACAAUUAACCGAAGACAAACUAAUUAAUCAAGUUUUGCAAAUAGAACAAUUACACACUUCUGGGGGAGGUUGGCAAGACCAAUUGGGGGGUUGUAUUUCUGGAGGUGCUAAAAUUGGUUGGGUAGAAUCUGUUGGGGAAAGAGAAUGUUGUUGGCGUUCUGUCCAGCUUGGAGGGGAAUUAAUUAAAGAAUUCAAUAAAAAAUUUGUUUUGUUAUAUACAGGCAAAACUAGAUUGGCAAAAACUUUAUUAAAGCAAGUUUUGUUGAGUUGGGCAAGACAAGAACCACAAAUAUUGGCAACUGUUGAAAGACUUGCCAAAGGAGCUUGGAAGGCUGAGGAAAUGCUUAUUGAGGGUAAGGAACAGGGGGUAGUGACCAUUUCCACCAAAAUACUCAAAAAUGUGGCAAAAAUAGGCCGAAAUUGGUCAAAAAUAUGGCAAAAAAAUAAAGCAUUAUUUUUAAAACUUAAAAAUAAUUAA